GAGGGGGGCGUGGCCUGAGGCCUCUGAGGGAAUGCGGGCGGCCAAGAUGGCGGCGGCGGCAGCGGCUGUGCGGCCUGUGCUCCAGAGCUGCAGGUACCUGAGGAUCCCUCAGCCCUAUAGGGCCCAGACCAGGAGCUGCCAGACCCACAGCAGGGAACAGGCAACCCCCAGGACUGGGAUCCUGCUGUUGAACAUGGGAGGCCCCGAGCGGCUCGAGGACGUCCAGGACUUCCUAUUGAGGCUGUUCCGGGACAGGGACCUCAUGGCCCUGCCAGCACAGAGGUGUCUGUCCCGCUGCCUGUCCCGGCUGCGCAGCGCCAGGGUGCAGCAGCAGUACCAGCGCAUCGGGGGGGGCUCCCCCAUCCGCCAUUGGACUGAGGUGCAGGGAGAGGCUGUGGUGGAGCUGCUGGACAGGAUGUGUCCUGAGAGCGCGCCCCAUAAGUACUACAUAGGCUUCCGCUAUGCUCACCCCCUAACCGAGGAGGCCAUAGGGGCCAUGGAGCAGGACGGCAUCGAACGCGCCAUUGCCUUCUCCCAGUAUCCCCAGUACAGCUGCUCCACUACUGGCAGCAGCCUCAACGCCAUCUAUAGGUACUAUAGGGACAAUGGGAUCCAGCCCAGGAUGAAGUGGAGCAUCAUUGACCGCUGGCCAACACAUCCCCUAUUGCUGCAGUGCUUCAGUGACCACAUCCAGAAGGAACUGGAGCAGUUCCCAUUGGAUACAAGGGACGAUGUCGUCAUCCUGUUCUCGGCCCAUUCACUGCCUAUGGCUGCAGUGAACAGGGGGGAUCCCUACCCCCAAGAGGUUGGGGCCACAGUCCAGGGGGUGAUGGAGAAGCUCAAGUACAGCAACCCCUAUAGGCUGGUGUGGCAGAGCAAGGUCGGCCCCAUGCCCUGGCUGGGCCCUGGCACCGCAGCUGCCAUUAGGGGCCUGGCCCAGUCUGGUCACCGGCACCUGCUACUGGUCCCAGUUGCCUUCACCAGUGACCACAUUGAGACCCUCUAUGAGCUGGACAUUGAGUAUGGGCAGAACUUGGCCAAGGAGUGUGGCCUGGACCGGCUCCGCCGCGCAGCCUCCCUCAAUGGCAGCCCCCUGUUCUCCCAGGCCCUGGCCCAGCUGGUUCGAUCCCACCUGGAAUGUCGGGAAUCCCAUUCCCGUCAGUUCCCCCUAUGCUGCCCUAUGUGCGUCAACCCCAUAUGCAAGGAGACCAGAGCCUUCUUCCGGAGCCAGGCCCCAUGAUCCUAUAGGGACCCUAUGGGAUCCUAUGGGAUCAGUGGGAUCCUAUGGGAUCAGUGGGAUCCUAUGGGAACAGUGGGAUCCUAUGGGAUC